AUGUACUCAAUAGUUAUUUUUAGUGAGACAGAGGAGACCGAAAUUGUGCCUAGCGAAUGGCUAAGCAUCGACAAAUCUGUCACCUACUGGCCACGCUACAAGGCCAGCAUAUGUAGUGUGGCAGUUAUCAAGAGAGAGGAGCCGAAUGAAGCGUGGAAGAAAAGCAGCAGAGUCGCAGUGGAGACCCAUCAGUCCUCCUUACCCGCCAUACCACCUCUAACACCUGAUAUUUCACAGAAGAAAAGCAGCAGAGUAGCAGUGGAGAUCCACUCCUUGCCUGACACACCACAUCUAACACCUGUGCCACCUGAGACGCCGCAGAAGAAAAGCAGCAGAGUAGCAGUGGAGAUCCACUCCUUGCCUGACACACCACAUCUAACACCUGUGCCACCUGAGACGCCGCAGCUUUACAAACUGUUGGCAGAAAUCAGCGGUCAGGUGCGUCAGAACACUCUCCUCCUACAAGCCCUCCACAAGAAAAGGGACUCUUGUGAAGUGGGGGAUGCUGACUACGACUUUCCCCUCAGAACCCUCACUUGUGUGAAGACCAUGGAGGCUCGGCUAGUGGAACAAGAAGCGAAACGGUGUCUGACCAGGUACCUCUGCAGCCUGGGAGGUGCGACAUCGAAAGAUGUCCUUCACAGGAUUUUACGCCACGUCAUGACUGAUGAGCUGGCGAACAAGUUCAACUGGCGUGGGAGGGGGGCAAAGAGCCCCUUUUCUGCCCUCAUCUUGGCCAAAGUUAUAAUAGCAAACAGAGAUUUUCAAUAA